GUCCACACAGAUUCACAAAGAUUCCAAUAAUUCUUCAGCUCUUCACUUCCUUCACGCCUUCAACCAUCUGAAACUAUUUAAUCAAAUAAAAAAAGAAGAAAAAAAAAGGAAAAAGCAGAGUUCAGAAGCCCUAAUUUGCCAAUUGAGCCUUGUUUGAAGCAAUUCAAGUGAUCUGCAUCAGUUUUCUGUUAGAGAAACGGGAAAAAUGAGUAAUUUGAGAGCAAUUUGUAGGCCGUACGCAGUGUUCUCUUGUUGCCGAUCAGUGGUUAGGGUUAGGGUUUCAAUUGGGAGCCCUUUUAAUUUGGGGUCUCCAUCAUUAUCACCGAAAUCUUCUGUUUCUGUAUUUUUAUCUCCUCCGCCGUUGUUAGGGUUGGAUUCUGCCAUAAAAAUGGAACCUUGGGCCACCAGAUGGAGAUUGAAUCAGCAGAGAAGAAUGGGGGUUAAGGCUUCCUCAAAUUGGACAGACUCUAAAUCUCCCUAUGACACCCUUGAAAAUGGGCAUUUGUUUGAUUAGAGAGGAAGAUGAGUUGGAAAGAGAUGCAGAUGAGGAGCAAAUAAAGGUAGCAUACAGACGUUUAGCAAAGUUCUAUCAUCCGGAUGUUUAUGAUGGUAAAGGGACUCUUGAGGAAGGGGAAACAGCUGAAGCUCGAUUUAUCAAGAUUCAGGCUGCAUACGAGUUGCUUAUAGAUCAGGAGAAGCGAAGGCAGUAUGACAAUGAUAAUCGUGUUAAUCCAAUGAAGGCAUCUCAAGCAUGGAUGGAGUGGAUCAUGAAAAAACGAAAAGCAUUUGAUCAGCGGGGUGACAUGGCAAUUGCAGCCUGGGCUGAACAGCAGCAGCGUGAAUUAAAUCUCCGUGUACGGCGUCUUGCCGGAUCAAAGAUUGAUCCUGAAGAAGAAAGGAAAAUACUCGCUAAAGAGAAGAAGGCAUCUUUGGAGAAUUUCAAUAAUACUCUGAGGCGUCAUACACUGGUAUUAAAGAAGAGAGAUUUAAUGCGAAAAAAAGCCGAAGAAGAGAAGAAAAAAGCCAUCAGCAGGCUUUUGGCUGCUGAAGGCCUAGAGCUUGAAAAAGAUGAGAAUGAAGAUUUGUAAAGGUUGAUCCAUGUGUCUGAAUUCUGGUACUUAAAACCAUAAAAUGUUAUCAGAGGGCUUUUCAGGCAAAGAAAUCUGUUGUAUUGUAUAUAAAGAAAAGGACAUUGUACAUACGGAUUUUCGUUUGAUAUAAAGAAGAUUAGUGAAUACAGCACCCUUGAGAUUGUUUCAA